GUUUGAUCUGAUGGUAAUGGUAACCAAACAUCAAAUAGUAUUCUGUAAUACACCACUGGAUCUAAUACAUGUCACUUUAAACCAUUUGGACUCAAUGGGCAAAAUGGCUCGACUCGACAAUACACUCAAACUAAUUGAGGCCUCAAAACAAAAAUUUAUAAAUUAUUACUUAGACAUGAAUUGGGCUAAACUCCAACACAUUCGCCAUACGAUCCUCACAUUCUUACAGGACAUCCAAACCAGAGUUUCCAUUUUCCUUAGGGAUGGGACCCAAGAAAAUGACGGCAAGUUUGUGAUCAAACCCGAAGGAGUUGUAUCCUGUGAUUGUCAAAUACCGGGAGUUAUAAAAUAUUUCAAUGCAAACAAUGAGGUGACAGAAGUGGACAGUUUUGAUCCUUUAGGUCAAUACACGGUCUCCAUUGAUAAGACAACUCUAGGCCUUAAUAUAUAUACUAAAGAAUAUUCGCAAAAAGAAUUAUCUGAAAAGCAGACCAAAAGUGAGGCUCAAAUGAAUGAGGAAACGAGUGAUUUGAACGAAAACAAUGAUUCGGCAAAACAUGAAUCGGAUUUAUUGGCAAAAUUGAUCGGAAGAGAGAAACCAAACGAUUCGGAGAUUGAGUUUUGGCUAAAUCUGGGACACGAAGACUCCACUCAAGAGAAGACAACUGAUAAUAAAAUAGCUUUCAAUGAACUGAAUAUAAGCGAAGGAAUACAUAAAACUACAAAUUUAGAGAAUAUUAUGAAUGAUUUGAAUAUCGGUGUCAAUGAAGAUAAUGAAUCAGACAAUGACUUCUUGGCUCUAAUGGAUUCAUGA